AUGGCUUCUCAGGGUCAUCCGUAUAUCUCUCAAUCACUAUUGACGCCCCCCAAGACUCCCCCUCCAGAUUGCGAAAUUAUCUUUCACAACUGGCCAGAACCAGAAACAGCGCCCGAAGCACAGUCAUAUUUCGAAGCACCAUGGGAAUACGAUGCGAAACAGAUCCUGCAAGAUGAUAAUGGCUUUGCUGUUCGACACCAAGAGGUACUCCUCCUACAUGGUGUCAAGCAGAGAUAUGCGCAUACGAAAGAGCAACCAAUACCAAGACUAGAAAAUGACUCAGAAAUGCUCGUUGCUGUAGAAGUCGUCGGCCUGAACCCCAUCGACUGGAAAGCACCUGACUUCGGUUGGGGUUUGCCAAAGCUACCCUGCAUAUCGGGUCGAGACUUUGCUGGCAAAGUCGUCAAAGCACCUACGAAAUCCUCGCGAUUCGAACUUGGGCAGAGCAUACUUGGAAUUGCGACCGAUUAUCGAGACAGCAGACGAUCCGCUUUCCAGCAAUACGCUGUGGUAUCAGAUUUCAAUGCUUGCAAACUACCUCCAAACAUAACCGCCCAAGAAGCUGCACCACUUGGAGUGGCUUUCGUGGCCGCUGUACUUGCGCUGGGAGUAUGCAUGGGAGUGGAUUUUGCUUCAGGAAAUAAUGGACCUCACGGUCCUGAUUUGCUCCAAAUCGUAAGAUCAAUUGCACAGGAUUCAUUGCCAAAAGAUAUUCGAGCGGAGUGCUUUGAUAAGCUAAAAGAGAGUGGGAGAGCAAGAUCAGGGGACUGGAUAGCGAUCUGGGGAGGCUCGUCGGCGACAGGGUGUUGUGCCGUACAGCUAGCCAAACUCGCUGGGCUCCGGGUGAUAUCUGUUAUAGAUGUUGCUAGAAGCGGAGAAAGAAUGCUUCGCCAUGGCGCUGAUCUACUGGUCGAUCGUUUAGACACAGAGCGUGCUGUAUCAAUCGUAAAAUCCGUGACGAAAGGAAAGCUUCGCUUUGGUCUCGACACCAUAGGAAAAGACACAGCAGGAUUGCUAGCACAAGCCAUGUCGUCUCAUGACGAGAGUUCCAAUAGGUCUGAAGACGGCCAUGUCGUAGGACUCGUCGGUGUUCCCAAGGAAUCAACACCCGGCGUUGUUUACCAUUCGGUGCCCAUCAAACUCUUUCAUGAAGCACCACAGGUUGGGGAGAGUAUGAUGAUCUGGCUUGAGAAAUUGCUAGCAAAGAACACGCUCGCAACGCCGGACAUUGAGGUGGCAGUAGGCGGCUUAGAAGGGAUCAAUUCAGCACUAGACAGGCUGCGUGAUGGAACUGUCAACGGUCCAAGGAUUGUGGUGCCAAUUUAA